GCUGAAACUACUGUUACUAGAUUGUCUAGUGGCUCUAGAAGCUAUGGAGAAAGUGCUUGCCUCACAUUAAUGCACGUCUCACACGCCGCGAUUAAAGCGUCUUCGAAAUAACAUUGUUUGAAACGGCUGGUGACGUCACGCGUCACAAACCUCAUGCGUUCGUGAUUCCUUCCUCUGCUCUUCUCCAUUUUUGCCACUGAAACGCCGGUCCUUACACAAAGGAGCCCCAUUUUAUCGGCACGUAUGCUGUGUUUUCCGCGGGAUUUUCGCAAAAGUUUGUCGCCUGGAAGCCGGGAAUCGGCAACAGUGGUGCCGGAGUGAUCAACAUGGGGACAGGAAUGAAAGUCAACGGCUCAUGACUGCUUCAAGAGGGCACCAAUAUGGAUAAUUCAAGCCGAAAUGCCGCGUCAAGUCCUGCACGCAACCAUUUUGACGCUGCUGCCCUUUUAGCCAUGAGCCCUCCCACAUUCCCCCCUUCCACCUCCUUGGGGAUGAGCCCCUUUCCCCCGUUCUCACCUUUGCUGGCCAGGGGCGCCACAGCCUUUCAGAGCCCCGCCCCCUCUUCCCCCAACCAUCUCUUGGAAGGGGUUGCCGCCUCUUCUUCCACUUGCCCCUCGCGUUCCACUCAGCCGCCGCCUGCGUCUUCCUCGCCUUCGCUUCCUUCAGGGGCCUGGUGGUCCUCUGCUGACCAGGGGGGCAUGACCCUAGCCAGCCUGCUGCGCCAGGGCACCUCCGCCCCUAGCCUGGCCAGCAGCUCUAAGCUGGACCAUGCCCUGAGGCAGCCCCAGCCACAGCCCAGCUCAUCGCAGUCGCGCAGACGUAUGAAUGGCUCUCAAGCUAUUGGCAAAAUGCUACCUCCAUCAGCCCACAGCAGAUCGUCAAAACAUUUGGACCUCCUUCAAGACAGCAUCCUUUUAAAUUCCGUAAAGGAGAAGCUUCUUCUGGGUUCUGCCAAAGGCCCGCCUGUUUUGUCGCCACCAUUCCUGGGGCAGGGUGCUGCAGAGUUGCUUGGGGCAGCGGCAAGCAAGGUGGGAGGAAGUGGCGAAGGGUCGCGGCCUGGCAUCACGCUGCCCCUAGGCAGUCUGGUGCGUGAACGCAGUGGCCAGCAGGGGCGCCGCAGCCGCAGGGGCCGUCGGGAGUCCGGCCUGGCGUCGGCUGCUGCUGCCAAGCUGGCGGACUGUCUCAUGCUGCCGCAGACUUCGUCAUCCCCAUCGCGGUCACCGUCGGUUGGAGUAGGCCACCUUUCAGGCUCCCCUAGUCUGUUCCCAAGUCCCGCACACUCCUCCCAGGCGGGAGCCUCGUCUUCGAGUGGUAGUGGGGUCAGUGGAGGCCACUCCCCCGCACCCCCCGCGCACUCGGGGCCCAGCAGUAGUGAGACCAACGCUUCCCCUGGUCGUGGGGAUGGCGGUGCCAUGCCCCUGGACCUGUGUGUCAAACGCAGUGCCUCCAGCGGUGGCACUGCGUACUUGUCCCCCGACGUAACGCUGACCCCUGUGGGGCCCCCUGCCAUGACCCCUGGUCACCCUCUUCCACCGCCCCCUCCACCCGCUGCGCACCAGCGGCACAUCUUGGAAACCCUGCCGGCCAGCCUGGGCUCCGGUAAGGGUGGACUGCCUCUCGGAACGCCCCUGGGAACGUCGUCGUCAUCGUCUUCGCGGCGGCGGGGCCGAAGACCACGAAGUUCCCCAUUGCUGUCGGACCACUUGGCAUCUGCGAGGGACUGCAACCCCAUGGGACUCCUUCUUGGUGCUUUGGCUGCGCAGAAUGCAAAACUGUCUUCAAGGCAACAAGAGUCAUUACAGAGGUUCCAGCUGCUCGCAUCCCAAGGUUAUAAGUCGAGAAAUAACACCUUGAAGAAGCGAGGCGGCACCACGAGCAAGUCAAGUUGAUCAAGCAGCAAGAACGUUUUGAGCGCCUCGAGCAGCAGCGCAUCGAGAAGGAACUGCGCACUCAGCAGACAAUUGAGAUCCGCCGCAAACGGAGGGAGGAUAUAGAGAGACAGCGCCAAGACGACGCUGUUCGCAGAGUCCAGGAAAGAGAGAUGAAAAGGCAACAAGCUUUAAUUCUGCGAGAGCAGGAGAUGCAGAAGCGCCGUGAGAUGCUUCUGAUGGUUGAUUUGGAACGGGAGAGGAGGAGACAACACAUGCUGCUCGUUCGUGCCCUGGAAAACCGCAAGAAGAUGGAGGAUUCAAAGAAACUGGAUAUGCAUAUUUUGAAGGAGGUCAGGAGACCUGUCGAAGACAUGCUUCUGAAGGACGCUCUUCCUUUGCCAACACUAAAUAGGAUACCUGGACUAAAAGUUCCAGGCACUGCAUUUGCCAAUCUCUUGAUGGUUCGAGAGUUUCUGCACAAUUUUGGUGAAACACUGCAUUUUGAUGUGGACAAGAUUCCGAGCUUGAACGCUCUCCAGCUGGGCCUGAUCAAUCACGACACCAAGUCGGAACAGCAGUUGCUCAAUGUAGUGCAGCACCUGCUGACGUGCGCUAUUCACGACCCGGGAACACUGCCCUGCAAAGAGGCUGUUACCGUCCUUGGGCAGCACGUGAAGGAUGCCACAAUCACGAACGACACUGUAACGGAGGCCCUACAUCUGUACUUCAUGGCUCUUGACAAAGAAUGUGCCAUGUACCAGUGGGUAACUGAAAAGCCUUUCCUGGCUCUGAAUCCAACACAGAAGUCUGAAAUUAUGGCCUUUCUGUGCAAUGAGCUUCUAUGUAGCCGAGCUGUAGUGCGGCAAGUGGACAGUAGCAUAGAAACUGUGAUCACAUUAAGGAAGGACAAGUGGCUUGCCGAAGGUGAACUGCGCAAGCUUAGGAGUACGCAACAGAGCAGGCAACGGAAAGCCAUCUUAAAACUGGAAUUGGAAAACAAUGCUGCAGCAGCAAACACCAGUAGCAGCUCCACCACCACCACCAACAACAACAACAACAACAACAAUGCCAGCAACAACACUGCCAACAGCACGGCUGCCACUGAGGUGUGCCCGAACCAUGUCACUGCUACAAACGGCUCUGCGACACCCACCAACAAGGACUCUGAGGAGAACAGUGUCAAGGGUGAGACUGCUAGCGAGGCCGGCGACAAGGCAAGCAAAAGUGGCAGAGACGAGGAAGAGGACAAUGAGGACCCUGCCAAUGACAGCGGCAAUGAGAGUGAUGACCCUCAGGAGGCUGACAAUGCAGAAGAGGAAGAGGACAGUGAAUUGAGUCUCACUAAUGAAGAGCUGGAGAAGAGGAUAGAAAAACUUUCAAAGCAACAGGCACAGUUCCAGAACAAGGUGGCCAAGGCAAGCAACAGCAUUCGGGCUGUGAUGCUGGGCCAAGACCGCUUUCGACGCCGCUACUGGCUGUUGCCCGUGGCCGGGGGCAUAUUUGUGGAGGCCAUGGAGUCGUGCGAGCAGGAUGGCAUGGGGGACUUUGUCGCCACCGACUACAUGGCUGAUGAGGACGAUAGCAGCAGUGAGGACUCUUCGGUUGCCAAGGAGGCCACCUCUGCCAAAGGGGAUGCCGCUGUGGUGAAGGAGGAGAAGCAAGAUGAAGGGGAAGAGAAGGCAGCAGAGGAGAGCGACAAGCCUCCUCUUGCAUCUGUGAAGCAGGAGCCUUCCGAUCCAAAAGAGCAGAUAGAUGACGACAUUCCCAAGGUGGUUGCUUCGACGACUGGCGAGGUCAAGGAUGAAGUCGAAAUGGCAGAGAAGACUGACUCUCCCAACAACAGUGAGGAGCCCGAGAAGACGCAGAAAGAAGCCGAGGCACCCUCGAGCACCGACAAGAAGGGUUCCUCCGCCGCUACCAAAGAAGCUUCCUCUGUCGCGGCUGUGCCAACGUCGGCGGCCAACCUUUCCGCAGUGACGACGUCGGCAACCUCUGUCCCAGUAGUUCCGGUGACCAAGGAAAAGAGCCCGUUGCCAGAGCCAACCCUAGAGCAGAGCUGGAUGAUGCAUUCGCCCUUUUUUGCAUCCAUCAUCGCGGGCAACAUGCUGUUCAACAGUGGCACGUUCCCACCGCCGGGUGCAGCCCCACCUUCGUCAUCGCCGAGCCCGUCGCCGCAGGUGGGAGCGGCAAGCACGGUGGCUGCGGCCAUGGGAAAGGACGGUGCCUCUCCGCUUCUCGGGGGCUUCACCACUCCCCUGUCAGCUGAGCAGAUGCUGAAGAACCUGGCUCAGAAAAAGCCCAAGCCAUGGUUUAGCCUACUGCCGCGGGUGCCUUGCGAUGAAGAGUCCCUGGCAAGGCUGCCUGGCUCAAAGGACAUGGAUGACGACGACAUCGAGGAAGAGGCAUCGUCCACUGUAGGCUCUACGAUGGGCAGCAGCAGAGUCGUGAGUGUGAUAGAAACAGAGGACACUACGAACCAGUAUGACAAGCCACAGCCUGUGCCUCCAGAGUAUUUGCGAGGCUGGUGGCGCAUCACCGAUUCUGCCCAGCUGAGAACCUUGAUGGGCGCUUUACACAGCAAUGGAAUUCGGGAGAAGGCUCUCUUGAAACAGCUGGAAAAGAACUUCAACUAUGGAACUGUCACCUGCAUACCGAACAGUCAGCAGGAUGUUGGCCUCGAGAUCACAGACCUCGACCGGGAAGUGUCCGAGAAGCAUGGCGGUGCCCCGCCUCCCGACUACGAAGACCAAUGGUCCUUUGAUGUUGCCCUGCGGGUGGAUUUAGCCAUGUUGGCCCAGGUGGAGGCACUGGAGCAGAGGCUCUUUGGUGCCUGCAUGGAGGUCAAGCACUGGCGACCCCCACCAAAGGUAUCAGACGACCUAUCAAUACAGUACCGUCCAUCCUGCGUGCUGCUUAACAAAAAACUCCUCGCGACAUCUGAUGACGACGAUGAGGAAGACUCUAGCGCAUCUCAGGCAUCUGGUGCACCAUCACCCGAUGAUGACAAGGGCAAAACCCGGGACAAAGACGGGGCCGAUGCUACUGAGGAGGUGAACGACAGUCAAGCAGAUGCCGACGUCACUAUAGACGACACAGAUGCCUUGCCGUCAUCACCGGAUCAUAAAGAUGCAUCAAUGAACGACGUUACUGCAAAGUCCCCAGCAGCCGAGGACAGCUCAAAGCAGCCCAGCCCCGCUCCUGAGGAUAAUUAUGUGAAUCCCGUCGAAGUGGCCAAAGAACGGCUACUGGGCGUUGAGGCAGGCAUUGAGAGGAGGUAUCUGCGUCCACCACUUGGGACAAGUGGGAGCAGCCUGCCACAGAUUGCCAAUGCCAGCAGCAGUGGCAGUGGUGGCGGCAGCAGCAGCAGCAGCAGCAACAACAACAACAACAACAACAACAAAGCUGAAGACGACGCGGCGAGCAAAGGUGGCACAAGUGGGAGUCCAGGGGAGGAAGAUGAGGAGCCAGUGUUGCCCCCAGGGCUGGUGCGGUGGCGCGAGGCUGUGGCUGCAUGCCAGACAGCUGCUCAGUUGGCCAUGUGUUACAGCCAGCUGGAGACAUGCAUUGCCUGGGAUCGGUCUUUCAUGAAGGCGAGCUGUCAGUUCUGCCACAGUGGAGACAAUGAGCAAAUGCUCCUGCUCUGCGAUGGAUGUGAUAAGGGCUACCAUACCUAUUGCUUCAAGCCCAAAAUGGAUAAGAUUCCAGAUGGUGACUGGUACUGCUAUGAGUGCUUAAACAAGACCCAGGACGAGAAAGUGUGCAUCCUGUGUGGGAAGAAAGGCAAGCUUGUGCGCUGCGAUGCCUGUCCAAAGGUCUUCCACCACACCUGCUUGGACCCACCACUGUCCAAACCUCCUAAAGGGAAAUGGUGCUGCUCUGGUUGCUCGAAGAGUCGCAAGAAGGGACGCCCUUCCAAAGGGGGUGGCCAUCACGACAAAGACUCGACUAAGGAGUCGAGCAGCCCAAGCAAGAAGACCGCCGAGCCGUCCUCAUCAACAGCGGCAGGUGGCUCUUCAUCCUCUUCCACAACCCCUGGCCAGACUACGAAAUCAUCCAAGAGUGGCGAGCGCAGGGAGAAGAACAAGGCACAGGUGCUCAAGGAUCUGGCCGCUUGCAGGCAAAUUCUGGAGGAGCUGGAGCAGCACAAAGAUGCUUGGCCAUUCCUUGUCCCCGUCAACACCAAGCAGUUCCCCUCCUAUCGCAAGUUCAUCAAGAAGCCCAUGGACGUUAGCACCAUGCGCUCCAAGCUGGAGUCAAACCAGUACAAGUGCAAGGAUGAGUUUGCCUUGGAUGUGCGGCUCAUCUUUGACAACUGCGAGACUUUCAAUGAGGACGACUCCCCGGUGGGCCAGGCAGGUCACAACAUGCGCAACUUCUUCGAGAGCCGUUGGGAGGAGCUGACCUCCUGAACCCCCUGACCUUCCCACGUCCUUCGCUCCACUGCCACCAGGCACAAACCCAUCCCAGGGCUUUACCGUUUACCCACAUACACACACACGCACCAUCACCACUCCUCAUGACAUGUCUGUUGUCUCUCUCUCUCUCUCUAGCUUUUUGUUUGUUUUCCUUUAUGCCCCGCACUUUUUUGUUACGUGUAUACACGAAAUAUACAUAUAUAUAUACAUAGCGCUAUAUUUAUACACACUUUUUUUACUUUAAUACUGUAAGCUAAUUUUCUCGAAAAGCGCACACGUGCGAGCGCAGCCAUUGUCUCUCGUUAUGAUUUUUUUUCUUGGGCCGAGGCUGACACCCAGCGAGGUUGUGGUUGUUACAGUACGUCUCCUUGCCGUGAGGUGCCUAGUGCAGCGACGGACGCGUUGUUGACGCGACAGAAAGUGGUGGCACACUCUGUCGCCUCUUGGCACCUUUGGAGCUGUGGCAGCUUUGCGACAAUGGAAAAGAAAAAAAGAAAAACAGUGAAGAAACUUGAAGAAAGCAGCAGCAAGGGUCACACGUUUGCCAGGACAAUGGAGGAGUGACUCUUGUCGUUCUAAGUUCGUGCCCUGUCACAGUUUUUUGGCACAGUUACGUUGUGAAAAGGGUUGUCUUCCUCUGUCGUGGAUGAUGUCUUUCUCUUUCCGUUGUAUGUCAUUGCAGUGGCUCUCUGUUGUUUCAUGACACGUUUAUUGUUUUCAGGUUUUCCGUUUUGUUCAUGAAUUGUGAGUGAGGAGGAAGGUGAAACACAUGAAAGAACUGGGGAAAGUGCCUGCAUAAAAAACUGAAGACGGUGCAUGUUGCUCACAACUCUUGCGUUUGUCGCAAGAGGGAGUCUGUAAAAAAAAAAAUGCGCACUAGGAGAAAAAAUAACCCUCACGUGCCAGUGGCUGUCACUGCAGUGCAUAUUUUCUUGCAGUGCUUCCGAAUGUUUCCUGUUUCCCUCCCUUUUCCUGUUGUUUCAUCAUGGAUUACCUCGAUAUGUCCGUCACUAGUACAAUCAUCGAUCCCUCCCCAAAGCUGCAUCUGUUGUGCGCUGCCAGCGAAUCUCGCGUGGCCCGUGACCAUCUCUUCAUUUUUUUUGAAGCCGCUUUGUUUUAACGCAAAUGCUGCGGAGUUGGCGUUACGCUCGGGACAUUAGGAACGCUGCACUCAUUGGUAAACGCCAGUUUGUCCGCGCUUUUGUGUCUGACUGUCUUCUCACGUGUGUGUCACGCUCUUUCACAAAUGGGUAACAAUAAGCCAACUUCUAGAUUGUACAAUGGCUGCCUCAGGGCCAAUUUCGCAAGGGGGAAAAAAAAAAGAUGAGAGAGAGUGUGUUUUCGCCUUCUGCACCUCGUUGUUGAUGUUAGCUGUUGGUGUGCAAAGCAUUGACUUUGCGUCUCUGCCGAUUGCACCCACGUCGUUUUUCUUUCAUUCUGUGGUCCUUCGGCUUUUGAAACAAAAACGGGGGACUGUCGGGCAGUGUCUCCUCCACCUUGUGCAAACUAACCCGCAUUGCCUGACGGGCACGGGUGUGUGCGUAAUUUCUCCAUUUGUUUUCUCAUCUUACCUCACUCGCAUCUAUUUGUUGUCCUCUCCUCAAAUCAUUCUGUUCCCGUCUGAGCUCAGGACUUUAAUUUGUAACCAGGGUAAAUUCUCCUUGUAUUCCUCAAAAUAUGCGCUGCUGAAUGCGCUUCAUUCACUGUGCCUCAUACGUUUCAUGCUGUUCAGCGCUGUUACCCAUCAAAUGAGAUGAUGUUUCCAUUCUGCUUUCCAUUUAAAGAAUCGCUUUUUUUUUUUAACGUUUUAUCCGCAUACUCACAAUCUUCUGAUUUUAGGACAUACAUAUUGCAUAAUGCUCAAGCAGACACACGAAUGGCCAUCUUGCGCGGCAAUGUAAAGGUAUUGUUUUUAUUUGUUUUCGGGGAAACGCGGCCGUGUAGGCUCGGGGAUGUUUUCCCAAGGCUCGGCAGGGCAGGGGGGGUUGUCUUGUGUAUAGGUUGACUUUCUCUCGUAAUUUAUUUAUUUCUCACCACCACUGCACAACAUUGCAAGGAGCGCUGUAGGAGGCAUCUGUAAGUGUGUCGCGGUGACCAUAAUCAUUUGGACGGCCAUCCGGUGCGGUGACUGUGUCGUCAGAAACCCUGUCCACCACGUGUUGUGGCUGCAUAUUUAUAUACUCAUUGAGUUUUUAUGUUGACAGAUUCCCUAUGUAAAUAAAGAUUACACCCUAACGAGGCUGGCUUGGCCGCUGAAAGGAUUAACAUUAAAUGUGAAGAUGUGGCUGGUACAAAAUAACUGAAAUCAAGCAUUUAAAUCAUUACACCGAGGCUAUUUUUUUGCUUGUCUCCUGUUUUGUGCUGUGGUUUGGUGUGAUGUUCGCACACAUGCCACAAGCUGUUAUAGUGCACUCCGCUAGUGCCAUUACUUUUGUAUAGGCUUGCCGCUGGCAAUAAAGUUGUAGUAUUAAUGUUUAUUGAAGAGUACUUGCUACAUAACAAAACAUACCUAGUUGGCAGUUUUUGUUGCAGAAUGAUUUUUUUUUUUUUUUGUAUAUGACGGUAGAUGUGCAAAGGAAUGUCGCCAAAAUACAGUUUGCUUUUAACCUCUACCUUUCUUUUGCCAUUGGCUUACACCGAAGAGGCACUCACGCCUUUUCUGUCUGCUCUCAAAUACGGCCACCAAACACUGUAGCACAGGUUGUGUACCUUGGUAUGUGGUGUGAAUUCCGCAGGAUACUGUAUGAUUUGUUGCUCUAUACAUCUCUGUGAACAAAUUGCAGUCUGGAUCCAUAACUCCAUUUCUGCAUUAAAGGUGUUGCAUUUGCCCACACA